UGGCGAUAAAAUAUCUACUUUCUUCACUUGUUCGCGUCUUCUCCGACGACUUUUGCUCAUUUGGACGACGUGCGGCUCGUGCGUGCCUGACAGGUCGACGAGCGCGGACGGGCGACGCGCACAAAAGAGGCGGAUAAGAAGAAGUUUUAGCGCCAAGUUAAAUCGCCUCCUCCCCGUUUGACGCGCCAGUCAUCUGGUCCGCGUCGAGCCCGCUCACAGCGACCUACCGCCCGGCCUGCUGGCUCACGGUCACACGGCAAACUCACUUGUCGAUUGUCUACUCCAGCCACCAACCCAACCACCCACCGAUCCAUCGAUCGAUAGAUUGACUGGGAAGACGGGUGAACUUCAAGAGCAGCGUCUUGAGGUUUACUCCCCAGCCUUGAGAGUAGAAUGCUUGGAAGUCGGGAAGAAACAGAAACCAAGUCUGUUGUUCCCGAGGCGGCCAACUUGAAGGCAGCGAGGCCAAGGAAGAGGAAGGCAGAUGUUGCCAUUUAUUUACAUGAUGUGGAUGAGGACGCAGCAGAGAUGACCAAGAAGAAGCUGCGCGACUCAGAGGCCGUCUGGAGCUCGGAGGGCGCCCACAUGAGUCCACAGCGCUGGACCUCCUCCCUGGAGCAGAAGGACGAGCAGCAGAUCACCCUGAUCAAUGCCGGCUUCCCACACUACAACUUCAACAACGUCUUCGCUACGCCGGUGCACUGCGCUCCGCUUCCCGCGCUCUGCUGGGCGAGCAAGGACGUGGUGUGGACCAACAUGUUGGCCAAGGACAAGACGUACAUGCGGGACGUCAACAUGAUGGACAAACAUCCUCACCUUCAGCCCAAAAUGAGGGCUGUUCUUCUGGACUGGCUCAUGGAGGUGAGUGAAGUGUACAAGCUCCACCGUGAGACGUACCACCUGGCUCAGGACUACUUUGACCGCUUCAUGGCCACGCAAAGCAACGUCUUCAAGUCCACCUUGCAGCUCAUCGGCAUCACCUGCCUCUUCAUCGCAGCCAAAGUGGAGGAGAUGUACCCGCCCAAAGUGCACCAGUUUGCCUACGUGACGGAUGAAGCCUGCACAGAAGACGAGAUCCUCAGCAUGGAAGUCAUCGUCAUGAAGGAGCUGAAGUGGAGUCUGAGCCCGCAGACGCCUGUUUCCUGGCUCAACGUGUACAUGCAGGUGGCCUACCUGAAGGAGUCGGACCAGCUGCUCAUCCCCAAAUACCCCCAGGCCACCUUCACACACAUCGCCGAGCUGCUGGACCUUUGCCUCCUGGAUGUGCGCUGCUUGGAGUUCUCCAACGGGAUCCUCGCCGCGUCCGCCUUGUUCCACUUCUCGUCCCUGGAACUGGUGGAGAACGUGUCGGCCUUGAAGAGGGCAGAGCUAGAGGAGUGCGUCAGGUGGAUGGUACCCUUCGCCAUGGCGCUGCGGGAGAUGGGCAGCGCCCCCAUGAAGAUGUUCACGGGCGUCGCUGCAGACGACACGCACAACAUUCAGACACACGCCCCCUACCUGACGUGGCUGGAGAAAGCGUCGCGCUACGAGGAUGCCGGCUUGGACCAUCACAGCGGCUGCCAGGUGCCGUCAGGCGUCCUGACUCCGCCCCUCAGCAGCGAGAAAGCCGAGGAGUCGCUCCGAGUCGACGCGGCCACGCCGCAUGUGCGACCCAGGAUACGCUCGCCCGCCCCGCACAGCCAUUCUGAUAGGACAGUGGCACCGUAAACCCAUGGGGGGAUAGAAGGAAUUUUUUUUUUUUUUUUUCAACUUUUGGAAUGUUUCAGUGAAACUUCAGCUGCCAGUCACAUGACCUCUUUAUUUUAUUCCCUGUAUGGACGUCUUGACCUACCUGAGUGUUUCUUUGGUGCUUUGUUUUUUUUUUUGUUUUUUUUUUUAUUGGCCCACAGACUGUUCCUGGAGUCAUGUGACUCUCUGCUGCUAUACAGCUGGGCUUGGCAUCAUGGCAGGAUGUGUGAUCAUUCUAAUGGGAGGGACCAGUAGCUUGGCUACCAAACAAGCCAAUCAGCUGAGCUUCAGAAGCUCAACUAUUGAUGGUAGGGAUGCUCCCAUCAGGGUUUUUGCUACCCAUUCCGACACCCAUCAUCAGCACUGAAAUAGGUGAAAUGAGUGCUGUUGAAUGGGGGGGCUAUAAUUCAGGACAAUUCCAAGGUCCCUUGACUCCUGGGUGGGGUGGCAAAAAACGGAUAAUUAUUAAUAAAAUUAGUAAUUAAUGGCUGCACUCCCCUGCUAUUGGCUAAAUGAUAUGAAAAGAGGACGCAUAAAAUCACCGUGAUUUCAAUGGGAACCUAUUGGACUUAGUCUGAAGACAACAUAAUCACUGAGGAUGACACUCCUUUUUUAAGGACGCUUUGCCGUCUUCUCGUCCCAUGAAUUCAAUCAUUUUUGGGGCUUUUAGCUUAUCCUUCUCAGUGCGUGUUAGCCACAUGGCUGUGUUAGCUUGACAGACGAUCACACUCGGGUGUCACGUGUUGUUGUUCAGAUGGCGUAUGAAAGCUUUACCCCCACAAGGUAGUUCUCAUGGCAUGUGUUAGCAGUUAGCUUUCACAUGGCAGCUGUGGUUGUUUUUGUUUUGAAGGACGCCGCCACCCAAGACGUUAGUAAGGGGAAGACGCCACACUGCACCAAAGGCUCGCUGCCGCAGGCGAUCAGCUGUGAAAGACACUUUUUUUUUUUUUAUUACAUUUUCUACGGAAAUCAGCCAAUACUGAUCGGUGGCCGAUCUAUCAG